AAAGCGAUGCUAAAUGUGAUGCUAUGUUAAAUUAGUCAGACGUAAUACUUUUAAGUGAUAUAGUAACAUUUUAGUGUUGGUCUGUACAGCCGAAAUGGCAAAAGGCAAGAAGAAAACCCAGACCGUCCAGUUUAAAAAAGAAGCCAAAGAAAAUCUUGAUCAGAAACUGACAUGCAAGGAGCAGUUGACGUCGAGUCUGUGUAAUCCUCGUCCACAGCUCUGUCACAGCCCCCUGUUUCCCAUUCAAGAGGAAAACUCGCCACGCAGUGUGGCCGAUGCAAGUAAAUGUGAAGUCAGACUGAAAACAGACGUUCAUUCACCUGAGAGGGAAAAUAAAACACAGAGCUCAUUGCCGGGACCUAAAGAAAAGCCAGCAAAUGAAGUCCGAAGCUCUUCUGCAGUGCCUACAAGCAAACCUGAACAGGCCAAGAUCAAAGUAAACAAGCAGAAACCGAAAGCAGAGCGCAAAAACCUCCAGCAAAACCGAAAGGUCACAGAUUAUUAUCCUAUUAGAAGGAGUUCCAGAAAAAGUAAAGUUGAAUUAGAGUGUGAAGAGCAACGGCAUCUUGAUGACCUAAUCCUAAACGAUGUGGAGGAUGGACUCAAGGUCAGGUAUAUAGAAGGAAAAGGUCGAGGGGUUUUUGCAGACAAGGCGUUCCAGAAGGGUCAGUUUGUUGUUGAGUAUCAUGGGGACUUGCUUCAGAUCACCGAUGCCAAGAAAAGAGAAGUGGAGUAUGCUCAAGACCCUACAAAAGGCUGCUACAUGUACUACUUCCACCACCACAACACUACCUACUGCAUUGACGCCACUAAAGAAACCGACCGUCUGGGCCGGCUGAUUAACCACAGCAAGAACGGGAACUGCCAGACGAGACUGCAUAACAUCAAGGGUGUACCUCAUCUCAUCCUGGUAGCAUCCAGAGACAUUAAAGCAGAGGAGGAGCUUCUGUAUGAUUAUGGAGACCGUAGUAAAGAAGCCAUUGCUGCUCAUCCUUGGCUCAAACUCUGAAAAAAAAACUGGUUUUCCUCGCAGUGAAUCUGAAAAAAGUCUGUUUUUGUACACUUGGUCACAGAAAAUGGUGAAAAGUUACUCAAGUGCUUGUUUCGGACAUUUACUGCACAAAAGUCUUUAUUCUGCAGCUCAUUGCAUCAAUGGAUUUGUAUGUAAAAUACAUUUUUAAAAGACAGUCUUUUUAUUUCUAAAAUUUCCCAUGAAUUCUGGCCUUUAGAAUCUGGUUUUAGUGUAAACUGUUCAAUAUUAAUGCUUGUACAGAACCAUUUGUAUUUUAUACAGUCACAUUUAGCAAUAAUGUCUUAAGUAUGAUGUGAAUCUUUUAGAUCCUGUUAUUUACUUAUCAUGUAAGCUGUGAUCCACCUAGAACAAUGAAGAGCCGUUUGCACGUUGCUUUUGUUAAUUAAAACAUCAGGUUUUUUUAAA